UCCACAAUCGCCGCAAAGCGCCGCUUCAGCUCUAUACAGCUUACGAAAUGUCAUUUUGGUCUCAUCGAGCCACCGUCAAAGUUCUUUUCCGUUUCCUCUUUCGUGAAGCGCAGUCAAAAUGAAAGCUAAAGGAGUGCUGAAGGAAUAUCAGGUCAUCGGGCGCAAAUUGCCCUCGGAGAAGGACCCCAACCCUCCGCUGUUCAAAAUGAACAUUUUCGCCUCCGACCAGAUUGUAGCGAAAUCACGUUUCUGGUACUUCUUGCGGCAGCUUCGUAAGUUCAAGAAAGCCACCGGUGAAAUCGUUUCGGUGAAGCGUAUCUUGGAGAAGACCCCACUACGAGUUAAGAAUUUCGGUAUCUGGCUGCGCUACGAUUCCCGUUCCGGUACCCACAACAUGUACCGCGAGUACCGUGACCUGACUGUUGGCGGCGCUGUGACGCAAUGCUACAGCGACAUGGCCUCUCGCCAUCGUGCUCGUGCUCACUCGAUUCAGAUUAUCAAGGUUGAGGUUGUGGAAGCUUCCAAGACCCGUCGUGCCCACAUCAAGCAGUUCCACGAUUCGAAGAUUCGCUUCCCGCUGGUACAGCGGUAUCACCACAAGCGCUACAGGAAGCUGUUCUCGCUGCGCCGACCGGAUACUUACUAUAUGUAAAAAGUUUGGUGGUUUAUUAUUAAUUCCAAUGUUUUGGGGAGUAAUAAAAUCCGAAAGAUGCUCUGAAGGAUUA